AGUUGAGUUCUUUGUAAAGCAAGCUGCGUUGAUAUUCUUCAAACUAAACGAUACGCAGAAUCAAUAGCACACAGAAGAACAGAAGAAAUGGCAGAGACUGAAGAGCGCCUCGACGUUCUCACUCAAACUGGUCAGAAAACUGGCAUUUCGAAGCCCAGGGGAGAGGUUCAUCGAGAUGGAGAUUAUCACCGAGCUGUUCACGUUUGGAUUUUUGCUGAGAGUACGCAGGAGCUGCUUCUACAACGCCGAGCUGACUGUAAGGAUUCAUGGCCAGGGCUUUGGGAUAUCUCUAGUGCUGGCCAUAUUUCUGCUGGGGAUUCCUCACUUGUAUCUGCCAGGAGGGAGCUUCAUGAAGAGCUGGGAAUUAUCCUUCCAAAGGAUGCCUUUGAGUUGAUAUUCGUUUUUCUUCAAGAGUGCAUUAUAAAUGAUGGCAAAUAUAUCAAUAAUGAAUACAAUGAUGUAUAUCUUGUAACAAUUGUAGAUCCUAUUCCUCUGGAGGCAUUUACUCUUCAGGAAUCAGAAGUAUCUGCUGCCAAAUAUAUUUCCUGUGAGGAAUAUAGAAGCUUACUUGCCAAAGAACAUCCUGAUUAUGUCCCCUAUGAUGUAACUGGAGAUUACGGUCAACUCUUUGACAUAAUUAAGCAACGGUAUGAAGAGAACAAUGUAGCACGCAGCAUAACUCUACAAAAGCAGCUCUGUCGAUAUGCUCCAGUUACUCUCAGUGCAGAGUUGACUGGCCUAUCAGAUGGAGACCGUAAAGCAUUGGGUUUAAUUGUUGAGGCUGCAAGAGUUGUGGAUGAAAUCUUUUACCUGCAGGUUUGGUACAGCAAUCCAGCUCUAAGGGAUUGGUUGAAAGAGCAUGCUGAUGCAUCAGAAUUGGAUAACCUCAAAUGGAUGUAUUAUUUGAUUAAUAAGAGCCCAUGGUCAUCCCUUGAUGAAAAUAAGCCGUUUUUGACGACAGCAGAUUCAGCCAUAAAGUUGCUCCCUGAAGCCACAAAACCUGUUACUGGAUGGAACGGUCUGGAAUAUAAAGCAGCAUUUCCAAUGCUAAAACCACCUGGUGCAAAUUUUUAUCCUCCAGACAUGGAUAAAAUGGAAUUUGAAUUGUGGAAGGGCUCACUGACAGAGAGUAAAAAACAUGAUGCAACAAGUUUUUUUACUGUUAUCAAAAGGCAGAGUGAAUUUGAUUUUGAUUCUUCUCUGCCAAAUCAUACAGUUGAUGGCAGAGAUUACUCGACUGGCGUUCAUGAUCUUUUUAGCAUUCCCUACUGUAAAGAGUAUAAUUCUCUGAUCACAAGAGCUGCCAAUCUAUUGCAAAAAGCGGGUGACUUGGCUGGCUCACCCAGCUUAAAGAGGUUACUACAUGGCAAAGCUGCUGCAUUCCUUUCGAAUGACUAUUAUGACUCAGAUAUAGCUUGGAUGGAAUUGGUGAGUCCCCCUACUUGCAUUACUGAAAAUGUAUGUAGUUUUGAGCAAUAGUUGGUUCAUGUUGGAAGUUAUGAAAUU